AUUUAAUGAAAGCUUUAAUAUUUGGUGGUUCUGGUGCAUUAGGCCGAUCAAUGGUUAAAGUAUUUAAAGGAUGGAAAGUGACAAGUGUUGAUUUCAACAAAAAUGAAGAUUGUGACAAUAUUAUUAUUGAGAAUUCAAGUGAUAUCAAUGUUUUGAAAUCUGAAUUAAAUACAUUAGGUAUAGUUAAUAAAUUAAAUUAUAGAGAAAUUUAAUUGCAUAGUUUGUGUAGCUGGUGGAUGGACAGGAGGUUCAAUAAAAGAUGAAAAUGUUCUAUAAGUUUAUGAAAAUAUGAAUCAAAAAAGUGUAGUACCAGCUCUAGUUUGUAGUCAUUUGGCUACUAAAUAAUUAUCUAGAUAAGGAUUAUUAAUAUUUACAGGUGCUUAUUCUGUAUUUAAUGCACCAACUCCAAGCAUGAUUGGAUAUGCUUUAGCUAAGACAGCUGUUCAUACACUUGCUAUUUAAACAGCAGUAAGCACUCAUUUACCUGAAGAUUCAGCUGUUAUAACACUAUUGCCGUAUAUUUAUUAAUUAUUUUAGAGAAACUAUUGAUACUC